AUGGUCGCUAGUUGGAUGCUCACUGCCACAAGGGAUUUCAACCCUUUCAUGUUUGUCAUGGUUAUGGGGGUCGGUAUUUCAUCGAAUAUUCUGUACAGCUUCCCGUAUCCGGCGAGGUGGCUGAGGAUUUGCUCGUACAUCAUGUUUGCCAUUACAUGUUUGAUUUUCAUCUCUGUACAGGCGCUGCAGCUUUUGCACAUGGUCAUCUAUAUCAAAGAAAAAAGCUUUAGAGAUUACUUCAAUGAAUAUUUCAGAAGUCUGAAGUACAAUUUAUUUUGGGGUACUUAUCCCAUGGGAUUAGUAACAAUCAUAAAUUUUUUGGGGGCGCUGUCACAAAAAUUUACCACGACAAGCCCUGCGAAUGCCAAGCACUUGAUCAUUUUUGUUUACGUCCUGUGGUGGUAUGACCUCGCGGUUUGUUUAGUAACCGCUUGGGGGAUUUCAUUCCUCAUCUGGCAAAAGUACUACUUCGUGGACGGGGUUGGAAAUCACUCUUCAUACAGUUCACGAAUGGCUUCCGACCACAUGAAAAGCGUACUGUUGCUAGAUAUCAUUCCGCUGGUCGUUGUCGCUUCGAGCGGUGGGACAUUUACAAUGUCAAAAAUAUUCGGUACCACUUUUGAUAGGAAUAUUCAAUUGCUAACACUGGUCAUCUGUGCUCUGGUUUGGCUACACGCUCUUAUAUUUGUCUUUAUUCUGAUUACAAUAUACUUCUGGAAUCUUUACAUCAAUAAGAUACCACCAAUGACGCAGGUAUUUACGUUGUUCUUGGUAUUGGGGCCAUUGGGCCAAGGAAGUUUUGGUAUUUUGUUGCUUACUGACAAUAUAAGAAAGUAUGUAGAAAAAUACUACCCAAGGGAAAACAUCACCAUGGAACAAGAAAUACUAACCAUUAUGGUUCCGUGGUGUUUCAAGGUUCUGGGCAUGACAUUUGCUUUGGCAUUAAUCGCUAUGGGUUACUUCUUUACGGUAAUUUCCCUUAUUUCGAUUUUAUCAUACUACAAUGAAAGAGUUGUUGACAAUGAAACAGGCAAAGUGAAAAGGAUCUACACUUUCCAUAAAGGUUUCUGGGGGAUGACUUUCCCGAUGGGUACCAUGUCUUUGGGAAACGAGGAGCUGUAUCUGCAAUACAACCAGUAUGUUCCCUUAUAUGCAUUCAGAGUCAUAGCUACCAUAUAUGGUGGUAUUUGUGUUUGCUGGUCAAUCUUAUGCCUCUCGUGCACGUUGUAUGGUUACCUGAAAACGAUCCUCCAUGCUGCCCGUAAACCUUCGUUUUUAUCAGAGGAAGGGACGGAGAAGACUGUCAAUUCUCCUUUCAACAGCAUCGAAAGUGUGGAGGAAUCAAACUCGGCUAUCGAUAGUACAUAUUUAACAUAA